UGAACAGAUAACGACGGGGACGGCUCUCUCCUUUCUCUCUACAGUCUCCAAGGUCAUGCCAGGCAAACGCUGAUGGUCACAAAAGCACCGUCUCUACAACUUAUCAAACAUCAAGUGAAGGAACUGCUGCUUUGGUGAAAAAAUCAUGUACCAGGUUGUUCCAGGAGGAGCAGGGGGAACAAUAACAGACAUUAUCCCCAAGCAAAAACACACCAAGGACAACCGUCCCUUAGUCGGAGCUGGAGUAAUUGGGCUGGUACUUGUGAUUGCGGCAGUGACUGCCUGGUGCUAUUACAUUGCCUCGCUACGCAAAGCUGAGCUACUUAAGACUCAACUCCUGGACCUGAAUAAAGAUGGCUACAUUAUCCGCAACCAGGGUGGCUCUAUUGUUUUCAGAAUGGAUUUCAGGUCUGGUACCCUGGAUCUAGAUUCUUGCAAUAAAGAGGGAGAGAUGCUGAGCUGCAGCCGUACCAGCGAUAGAGAGCUUAACUUCUUCAUCGAAACGGUGCGACCCAAGGACACAGUGCAGUGCUACCGCGUGCGCUGGGAGGAACUAGUUCCUGACAUUCCUGUUGAACAUGCCAUGACGUACAAAUUUUCACAUUGGUAUGGUGGUGCUGUGUCAGCCAUCCAGCACUGGCCUAUAGCACUCUCUGGCCAACAAGCCCCAAAACCCUUUGUCACCAGUGAUAUUUAUUCAAACCGAAAUGAAUUUGGUGGAAUUUUGGAAAGCUAUUGGCUCUCCUCUAAUGCCACUGCCAUUAAGAUAAAUAACUCAGUACCCUUCCAUCUGGGCUGGAAUGACACGGAAAAAACCAUGUACUUCCAGGCACGCUACCAUGACAGUCCCUUUAAGCCAAACCCAGGGGAGGCUCCGUGUGCUGAACUCAGCUAUAGAGUGUGCGUGGGCUCAGAUGUUACUUCUAUUCACAAGUACAUGGUCCGCAGAUACUUCACCAAGCCAAACAAAGUGCCUGCCAAAGCCAUGUUUCGCCACCCUAUCUGGUCCACUUGGGCUCUACAUAAGACUUACAUUGACCAGGAGAAACUCUUGGCGUAUGCUGCCAACAUCCGAAAGUAUAGUUUCAACUGUAGCCACCUGGAACUAGAUGACCGUUACACUAGCCGCCAUGGGGAAUAUGAUUUUGAUCCGAUCAAGUUCCCCAAUGCUUCAGCCAUGUUUCAGAAGCUGAAAGCAGAUGGAUUUUUAGUGUCCCUGUGGACUCACCCAUUUGUGAACUAUGACUCGGACAACUUCCAUACUUGUGUAGAGAGAGGGCUGUUUGUCCGGGAGCCCACUGGCCAGUUACCAGCUUUGGUGCGUUGGUGGAAUGGAAUUGGUGGCAUUCUGGACUUUACUAAUCCUGAGGCUCGUGAUUGGUUUGCCUCCCACUUGCGUUCAUUUCGCUCCACAUACGGGGUGUCAUCCUUUAAAUUUGAUGCUGGUGAGACAAAUUACCUGCCCUGGAAGUUUAGUACCAGAACUCACAUACGGGAUCCAAGCACUUUCACAAGGCGUUACACAGAGAUGGCCAUUCCUUACAACGAUCGAGCAGAACUGCGUAGCGGCUACCAAUCCCAGAACAUAUCCUGCUUCUUCAGGCCUAUUGACAGGGACUCUGUGUGGGGCUACGAAAUGGGACUCAAAUCCCUCAUCCCCACAGUGCUCACCAUUAGCAUUCUCGGCUAUCAGUUCAUUCUACCAGACAUGAUUGGAGGCAACGCCUAUCUGAAUCGCACAGACGGAAAUCGUGCGUUACCCGACCGGGAACUCUAUAUCCGCUGGCUGGAGCUGUCAGCUUUCAUGCCGUCCAUGCAGUUCUCUAUUCCCCCUUGGGAGUAUGACAAUGAGGUUGUGGAAAUUGCUAGGAAAUACACAGCCCUCCAUGAGAGUAUUGUUGCACCGCGAGUGCUGGAGUUGGCCGGUGAGGUACUGGACACGGGAGACCCCAUCAUACGGCCCCUGUGGUGGAUUGCCACGGGUGAUGAAACUGCCUAUAAAAUUGACUCCCAGUUUCUGAUCGGGGAUGACCUCAUGGUAGCGCCGGUUUUAGAGCCCGGAAAGCAAGAGCGGGACAUUUACCUUCCUGCCGGCCGUUGGCGAAGUUACAAGGGGGAGAGCUUUGAUAUCAAAGAGCCCCUGCACCUCACGGACUAUCCUGUGGACCUCGAUGAAAUUGCUUACUUUGUCUGGGUUUAA